AUGGAAGGUGCUGAGGUCAGUUCUAGUGUCACGGAGGAGCAAGGACAGCCUCUGCCCUUUCUGGAAGAGGAAGAAAAAGAUCAAGCUGGCCGGGUCUUUCACAUGGAAGAAUGCUGGGAAGAAUACAAGCUUGAAGAAGAGUUGGCUGGUGGUGGCAAGAUGGGAGACAAGGCUGCUUUUGAAGGAGCUGCAGACAAAUCUGAUUCUAGCAUGGAAAGCUUGGAACACUGUUUGGGUGGCGUUGAUAGUAUUCAUGCUCUGAAGGAUGCAGAUAGAAUUGGCAUAUUAACCUUACAGAAGAACCUAAAAGAGCUCAAUGACAUAGCCGAAGAAAAGGAGCUUCUGGUCCAAAAAACAAGAGACAAGCUGAGUACCUGCCAGCUGCGGAGCAAGAUGCUGGCAAAGCAGCUGCGUUGUGUGGAUGUGGAAAUGGAGAAAGAGGAGGAGGCUGGCAAUGUCGCAGCCUUGUCCCGCCUUCAGGCAGUGCACAGACGGCUGCGCGCUGAACUGCAGAAAGAGAAGGAUUUUGAGUUGAAAAUUGCUUCGACACUUGAAGAAAACAAGCUUGUGAUGUGGCAGAUAGAAACUGAGCAGGGAAAAUAUGAAAAUCUUCGUGAACAACUUAAAAAAUACGAGGAUGAGCUAGAGAUGCAAUACCAAGAGCGAGCAGAAGUGCGGAUUUGGAAUGAAAAAAUAGCAGCACUGCGAGCAGAAGAAAAUCAUCGGUCUAGAGAAAAAAAAGAGGAGGAAGCCCAGAAAGAAUACGAAGAAAAGCGUAAAAAAAUACUUGAAGAUGCCAAAAGGAACCAUGAAAAAGCAGUCUGCUUCCUGAGGAAAAGCAUAGCAAGAAUUCGUGAAGAAAAUGCAAAGGAAGAAGCGAAAACUCGGGAGCAUAUGGAGAGAAGGAUACAAGCUGUGCUGUCCCUGAAAACCAGCAUCACUUCCAAUAGGGAAAAACUCCAAGCUCUCCAGGCUUGGAACAAAGCAAUGGCCAUCAAGGCAAAGAAGGAGGAGAUGAAAAUGAGGGAAGCUAUUCUAGCAGAAGGAGGCAAUGUUACCAAGGAAAAUUUUCUCCAUAAACGACUGCUAGAGCACGAAAAAGAGAAACAAGCUUCUAGAGAACAGCAAAAAUCCAGAAAAAUUGAGAUUGUAUCGAAAAUUUUGCAAGAAAAAGCUUCUGUUGACAAGCAGAGGAAAAGUCAGUCCCAUACUAAGGCACUUAAGGGCGGUGCUCGUUCCUCAGCUGGUGAGAGAGCUGCUUCUGUAGGAGCAAUUUCUGAAGAAAUACCCCAUGAUAUCCUUUGUGAAAGUGAUGGAGAUGAAGAAGAGAAGGAUGAGACCCUAGUAGAACCAGAGUUCCCAGGACUUUGGAGUCAGGAAUGUGACUUGCACAAGGCAUCCAAAGAAGAAACGGAUCCAAAGCAGCUGCCUACAACGGUAGUGAGAAAAGAAGUUUCUGAGAAAAAACUGAAGGAAUUUAAACCUGGAAUUUUUCACAAGCCAAUAGCGUCUGGUCGUGAAUGUAAGGGAUGUCCUUUCUAUAGUAAACCCAGCUGCAUUCUUUUCAAGGAUUUUGAUGUUGGUCAAAUCUACAAAAAGAAGAUAGUUUUGAUAAACGCAUCCCUCAGUGUGAAUUUCUGCCGGCUCAUUGGAAUCAGUGAAUGGCUCAAGAACUUCAUCAGCGUUCGUUUUGACCCACCUGGCAAAAUGUCUGCUGGAAUGUCCUGCGAAGCAGUGGUAACGUUUAAGCCGAUGAUAAAUGAAACUCUGGAAGGAGAGGUCAUGUUUAUGGCACAGACGGGUUCUUUUUCUGUUCCGUUGAGAUGUACAGCCAAGAUGUGCAUUCUGGCAGUAGAUAGAGAGCUCAUUGACUUCGGCAGCCAUGUGGUGGGAGAGACAAUUUCACAGACCAUCAACCUGACCAACAGUGGAGCUUUGGGAACCAGAUUCAAAGUUCAGACAUCAGCAGGCAACAGCAAUACACGGAGAGCAACAGCAAAGUCUUCUGAAAGAACGGUUACUCAACGUCUCAGUGACUGUGUCCCUGAAAAGAAAGUCAGCAACAGUCCUGUGACAUCUGUGGUUGAAAAGAAGGAACAAAUUUGUCCUGACCACGGUGCAGAAGUGCCCUGCUGUGCAGCCCAGGUGGAGCAGCAGAGGACUGGGACGAGCGUGAGCAGCAGCCCCACAGAACAACUUGGUCAAGACGUAUUAGAUUCCAGAUCAGAUCUAGACAGAGCCAAUGCAUGUAAUUUAGUGGAACUUUCUCCUGAAGAAACACCAGUCGAAAUUAUGCUUGGAAAGGUUACUGAAGGUGAAAUUGGACCCUUCAGCUCAGUCAAACUUCAGGUUGUGUUUGUCCCAGCGAUCCCCGGGCACGUGCGGGCAGAGUUUGUGAUCACGUUUGACAACUCAGACUGCAAACCACUGUGCUUCAGUGCCAUCGGAGUUUCUGUCGAUGUGCCAGUUUGGGUGCCCAAUCCCAACGUUGAUUUAAAGAUCUGUAUGUAUGACCGACUGUAUCAGGAUUGCGUUGUCAUUCGAAGCAGGGCAAAGGCAGCGCUGCGUUUGAAGUUUGAAAUCUGCAAAGACUUGAGUAAGCACAUGGAGCUGCUUCCAAGAACAGGUUGCAUUCAAGCUCAGUCAUCCUUCAGCGUGCAGCUGAAGUUUCUGCCCAGACACUCUCUCCCUGAAGAUGCAGGGAACUAUUUUAAUGAAGAGACAGGAGUUCUGGAAGUUCCAGUGUCAAUACUGGUUGCGGAUAAGGCUACAAAAGUUAAUUUUACCGUCCAUGCAAUUGUUACUACUUCUGAUUUGGAAAUCAGUCCAGCACAGAUUGAUUUUGGAUACUGCACAAUCUAUGAAGCUGUGCAGGCAAAUGUCACGCUAACAAACAAAUCUAUCUUGCCCCAAGAGUUUGGAUUUGUGGGACUUCCAGAGACUGUUGAAAUUCAACCCAAUGACGGAUUUGGGAUUCUUCUUCCCCUUGAAAGCCUGACAUUGGACGUAAUCUUUAAAGCUAACAAGGCAAAAGAGUACAGCUUUGAACUCACUUGCAAGUCAGAAAUUAACAGACAAUUCAAGCUGUCAUGCAAAGCAGUUGGAGUCCACCCACCUCUUGAAUUGUCUCAUUCCUUAGUUCGGUUUCCUGCAACAGCUUUGAACAGUGUGUCUGCAGCGGCGCUCUACGUGGUGAAUCCCCACGUGAGUGUCAACCCGUUCGCUCACGCUGUCCCAAGAACUGGCGGUGGCGAAGUUGCCCCUGUUGGACCCACUUCCUUCGAAUUCUGUGUGCCAGAAGACUGGCCCGUGACAGUUACGCCUUCUGUUGGAACUGUGUUGCCUGGGAAGAAAAGCUUGAUUGAAGUGUCCUUCAGACCAGCACUGUCAGAUCAGCUCAUCAGAGAAGAGGCAGCUCGGCGGCUUUGCAGAGCAGCUGCGACAGGGGCAGAAACACAAGUGAGCGAUGCUGAGAACUCGCACAUGCUGUUGAAAAGCAAGAAAGCUGAAAAGCGAGGGGGAAAGAGACCAAGCAUUGCCGUGAGCAGACAGCACUCGUCCACUGGAGUCAGUAAAUACCUGACUUCUCUAGAGAGUCCUGGGGAAACAAAAUCCGAAGAGUUAAAGCCUGACCCUCACAACACUUUGUAUUUGGAGUUGCACUGUCCAGCUGUAGCCCCAGCUGUUGUGGUCACUUCAGAUAAUGGAAGAAACACAGUCGAUUUUGGUGAUGUUGCAGUAGGCCACAGAGCGAUGAAGCGAGUUGCAGUACAGAAUAUCUGCCCGGAGAAGCUGGAGCUAGCAUUCUCGGUUCUGAAUCCCAAUGGUCCUUUCCUGUUGGUCACACCAGUUGGAAUGCUGGAGCCAGGUGAAAACAAACCCCUCAUCAUCUCCUUUUGUCCAAAGGACAGUUCGUGGUUUUUUGAAAUGCUGGACAUCCGGACAGCAAAAACCAAUCUAACCCUGAGUAUCACCGGUCGUGGGGUGGUGCCAUCAACUGUUUGCUCUGUGGAGGAGAUACUCAACAUGGGAUAUGUCGUAGCCAGAGAGAAGGCGACUUCCACAUUCAAGGUACAGAACACUUGCACGCUGGCCCUGCCAUACUCCGUACAACUAGAUUCACUUUCAUCAACAUGGGACAAAGAUCGGCAGAGACUUCCAUCCUUCAUUACAUCCUCUUCACAAAGAACAGAGUUUGUUGGAACACAGAACUACAAUGGCUUAAGUGUGUUCAGCAUCUUUCCAACGGAAGGAGAAAUUCUUGCUGGGAAGAGUCAGGAUUUUAUUGUUACGUUCAGUCCUGAUCAUGAAAGCCUGCACUAUUGUGACCGUCUCAAGGUUGUACUCUUUGGCAAGAAAACAGCCCACGUGAUCCACCUAAAGGGUGCAGCGAGGGAUCACCCGAUGUUUGUGGAAGGGGGAGUUCCGCUCGAUGUGCCCGUUGAGUCCUUGGCUGUAACGUCACCUGUGGCUCCGCUGGGAGCACUGAGAGGAGAGCUACAAGAACCAGUCAAGUCCAUUCUCCUCAUUCUGGAGUACAUCGAGGGAGAGAGUUCUCCAGUGCCAGCAGUGACGGAACUGAAGGUUGGAGGUAUACGGACAGCUCAGUUUCCGUCUAAGAAGAACGUGGAGUUCAGCUUGGACGACCUGCCUCUCCUGCGGCAGAAGGGCUUCUCCGUGGAGCCUGCGAAGGGGACUGUUGAGCGUGGCCAAGUAAAAGCCAUCAGUGUUUCGUGGGUGCCACCUGCUGACUUCACCGCCGAUGACCCUCCGCUUGUGACAGCCCUCCUGACCUUAAGUGGUGACAUUAAGGAAUUUUACCGAAUCCUCUUCACGGCAAAAGUUGUGUCUGCAUGA